AUGGCCACACACACCGCCAUCCCCGCAACGGACGUCCUCGCGAAGGCCGCAGCGUUGAACGUGUUUGAUCAGUCGGGCAAGGAAGUCUCUUUUGGCAGUCUUAUCCAGGACCAGAAGACAGUCGUCGUCUUCAUUCGACACUUCUUCUGCGGUGUCUGCCAACAAUAUGUCACUCAGUUAGCUUCAGUCCGCAAGGAAGCCUUCGAUGAAGCUAGCGUCCGUCUAAUCGUCAUAGGCUGUGGCGACUGGAAGCUCAUUAAGAACUACUGCGAGACCGCGGGUUUCACGUACGCCAUGUACGCGGACCCUUCCCGCGCACUUUAUCACACUUUUGGCCUCGUGGAGAGCCUUGACCGUACACCUGCUGGACAGCCGAAGCGCAGCUAUGUUGGCAAGAGCUUCAUUGCGGGCGUCUUGAAGAGUAUAUGGGAUGGUCCGCUCAAGAACCCGCAAAACAUUGGGAAAAACGGCAACAUCUCCCAGUUGGGAGGCGACUUUGUAUUUGGCCCAGGUGAGACCUGUUCAUACGCCUCAAGGAUGAAGCAUACCGAAGACCAUGUCGAGGUGGCCGACCUCAUGAAAGAGGCCGGCGUUGCAUACCCUUGA